CGCGCGCCGGGAGCAGGAGGCGGGCGGGCCGCGCGGCCCCGCCAUGGCGGCGCUGCUGGGCAGAUGGCGGCCGCGGGCGCGGGGCUGCAGGCUCCGGCACGGCCCGGCGGGCCAGGCCGAGUGGCUGCUGCUCUCCCAGCUCUUCCAGCCCCUCAACCUGCAGGCGGCCGGCGCGCUGGGGCCCGGGGAGCCCAGCUGCCGCAGCCAGAGGCUGAUGCUGCAGGCGGGGCUGAUCUGCCCCGCCGGGCCCGGCUGCUACCACUACCUGCCGCCCACCCUGCGGGCCCUGGAGAAGUUGGUGGGGGUGGUGGACCAGGAGAUGCGGGCGGUGGGCGGGCAGAAGCUGAGCAUGCCCAGCCUGUGCCCCGCGGAGCUGUGGCGGGCCAGCGGGCGCUGGGAGCGGCUGGGCCCGGAGCUGUUCCGGCUGCAGGACCGGCACGGGAAGGGCUAUUGCCUGGGGCCCACGCACGAGGAGGCGGUGACCCAGCUGGUGGCCGCGCACAGCAGCCUCUCCUACCGGCAGCUGCCGCUGCGCCUCUACCAGGUAACCAGGAAGUUCCGGGAUGAGCCCAAGCCCCGCUUCGGCUUGCUGCGCAGCCGGGAGUUCUUCAUGAAGGACAUGUACAGCUUCGACGUCUCGGCGGUGGCGGCUCGGCACAGCUACGACCUGGUCUGUGCCUCCUACCGCCGCCUCUUCCAGCGCCUGGGCCUGCCCUGCGUGGCCGUGCGGGCGGCCACCGGCAGCAUCGGCGGCACCGUGUCCCACGAGUUCCAGCUCCCGGCCGAGAUCGGCGAGGACCGGCUGCUGCUCUGCCCCCACGGGCACUUCGCGGCCAACGUGGAGACGCUGCGCGGGGACCAAACGUCCUGCCCCACCUGUGGGGAGAAACUCACCCAGAGCAGGGGGAUUGAGGUGGGGCACACGUUUUAUCUGGGCACUAAGUACUCCUCUGUCUGCAAUGCGGUCUUCUACUCCCCGGAGAACAAGCCCCAGCUGGCAGAAAUGGGCUGCUAUGGCCUGGGCAUUAGUCGCAUCCUGGCGGCCUCCAUCGAGGUGCUCUCCACGGAGGACAGCAUCCGUUGGCCGAGCCUCAUCGCUCCCUUCCAGCUCUGCUUCAUCCCCCCCAAGAGGGGCAGCAAGGAGGAGGAGGAGGAGGGAGCUGCCCUGCUGGAGCAGCUGUACCGCCAGCUGGCCGAGGCGCUGCCCCACCUCGCCAGCGAGGCGGUGCUGGAUGACAGGACACACCUGACCAUCGGCAAGAGGCGGAAGGACGCCGAGAAGCUGGGUUAUCCCUACGUGGUCAUCGCCGGGAAGGGGGUUUGUGAGCACCCCCCGGUCUUCGAGGUCUGGGAUCAGAACGCUGGCGAGGUUUUGUUCCUCACCAAGGAAGGCGUCGUUGAGCUGUUGAGUAAAGUGCAAGUCCCUUAAA